UCCCCGCCGGCGUCUAGGCUUUCGAGGCUUUAAAAGACUUGUUGCUGCUGCCAAAUGUGGCCUUUCUUCUCCCUUCGUCUCCCUUUCCGCCGUCCAGCCAUGUUCCGGCAGAGCCUGACCAGGUGCGACGUGCGACGCCGCGGACUUUAAGUUGCUGCUGCUGGUGGAGGCUCCGGACUGACGUGACGGUGCCAGACAGGCGAUGAAGUGAGACAUUAAGUCAUCCAGAAGGAGUUGAUCCCACACAUUGAUGAUGGACAUCAUAGAUACCCAGCGUGCCUUGGAGGCUGUGGAGAGACUUCAAGCCAAACUGAAGGAGCGAGGAGAAGCUGAGGACAAACUCAGUCUGCUGAAGAGUGUCCUGAAGAGCCGACUCUUCCUUCACAUUCUCAGCCUGCAGAAGGCCCAACGCCAGCCUGCAGCCAAGGCCAAGGGCCUCUCCAAGUCCGUGUCAAUGAACUGUGGCAAGGGCUCGGCCGUGGGACUGGACACCAAGCUCAGUCACAGCGACUCUUACACCUGGGCCAUGGAGAACCGAGGACCCAGCAGGUCUCUCCGCAGGGACGGGAGCGUCUCGUCCCUGGACUCGCAGGAUCUGUCUUUCUCAGACCUCUACUCAGACAACUGCACCCACACAGAGUCACAGUACUGCACACCCCCUCGGAUCUCCCGGACCAUGUCCAUGGGGAGGAACCUGUCUUCAAUUGCUCAUGAGAGGCGUCACUUGGAGAUCAUCGAGCUGACCAAUGAUGGGAAAGGACUUGGAUUUGGGAUCAUAGGUGGGCGGAGCACAGGGGUCAUGGUCAAGACUAUCCUGCCUGGAGGAGCGGCUGGGCAGGAUAAACGUCUGCGCAGCGGGGAUCAGAUCUUAUGUAUCGGCGACACAGACCUGGCUGGCAUGAACAGCGAGCAGGUAGCGCAGGUGCUGCGAAACGCCGGCAGCAAGGUGAAACUCCUCAUCGCCAGGGACAACUUGACCUCUCCCGUCCUCAGCCAGGAGUCGCUGGAUGGCAAACUCAGUGACUUCAACCAGGACUACGAGUUCAGCGUGCACUUCAGUAAAAACAGCAGAGGGCUGGGCUUAACCAUCUCCAGCUACAUCGGCCACCUGAACUCAGUGUACAGUGCUGGGGUGACGGUGAAGAGCAUCGUGAAGGGCAGUACUGUGGACCAGGAUGGACAGAUCCACGUUGGCGACAUCAUACUCUCUGUGGACGGGGUGAGCCUGCAGGGCUGCAGCGAGCAGCGGGCCAUGGAGGUGCUAAGGAGGACCGGCCCCAUGGUCCGCCUGAGACUUCUGAGGAAGGCGGUGUGUCUCAGCCACAUCCUGCCCCCCGUGCCCCCCCUGCACCCCCUGCGCCACUCGCACAGCUUCCAGGAGGGUGACCCCUACAAGGUGGGCCUGAACCGGAUCCAUGAGACAGGAAUAUGUUCUCUGCGUGAGAUAUCCCGCCACGCAGCAUACGCCAACAGAAGACCCCGACAUGAUUCCAGAAAUGGCGUGAAGCUGACAGCAGCAGAAGAAGAAGACCUGAGGAUGAGGUGGCAGCAUGCACUUGGACCCAGAUAUGAAGUUCUAGUGUGCCAGCUGGAGCGCUUCAGUGAGACUAGCGGUCUGGGCAUUAGUCUGGAGGCCCGGGCAGGACAUCAUUACCUGUGCUCAGUUUUACCUGAGGGUCCUGUUGGCCAGAGUGCUAAGAUCUUCUCUGGAGACCAGAUCCUGGAGGUGAACGGGAUCCCACUCAUAGGAGAGACACACAAGGAGGUGAUCAACAUCCUGAAGGAGCUGCCUCUCUUUGUGUACCUGGUGUGCUCUCGCGUCGUACCCCCCGCCAUCCCCGGCAGCGAUGAGGACGAGGAGGAGGACGCCCAGCUCACCCUGAAGGAGCUGCUGGCUGAGUUUAAUGACAAGCUGGACCAGGGCUGCGUCAUCCCCUGCCCGACAGCUGAGGACAUCACCAAGCGGGGCGUGCCCCCCAUGUCGCCUCCUUUGGCUAUGUGGGAGAGGGAGGCGCAGGUGGUAGAGCUGGAGAAAGGCGAGUCGGGAUUGGGCUUCAGUAUCCUGGACUACCAGGAUCCGGAGGACGCCACCAAAACAGUUCUGGUGAUCCGCUCCUUGGUCCCGGGCGGUGUGGCUGACCGAGAUGGCCGCCUGCUCCCCGGGGAUAGACUAAUGUUUGUCAACGAGUGCGACUUGGAAGGCUCCAGUCUGGAUUACGCCGUGCACGUGCUGAAGUCCACGGGCUACGGCCCCGUGCACAUCGGUGUUGCCAAACCGCUGCCGCUGGAACUCUGCGGGGGACUGACGCCCAUCUCAGAGAGGAGCACGCGGGCGUCCUGCGAUGAUGGCGAGGUCCACGCUCAGGACGGCGUGCUAGCCCAGGCCGGCCCUCGCAUGCUGGACCGGGACUUCGUUGGGUCGUACUACAACAACAACACGGAAGUCCCACCGCAUCAGCGCCUUGGCGACAUGGACGAGGAGGGCCCGCUCUCGGCCCCGCCUCCUGGCACCAGCUUUGAGAAGACCAUCACUGUUGUCCGGGGCAACCGUAGCCUUGGGAUGUCGGUGAGCGCCAUCAAGGACGGCUCAGGCAUGCUUGUGCGCAGCGUGGCCCCCGGGGGCUCUGUCAGCCAAGAUGGCCGACUCGGGCCAGGCGACGCCAUAUUUGCCAUCAACAACGAGACUACGUCCAAUCUGACCAACGCCAUGGCCAGGUCCAUGCUGCGCAGACACUCUGUCAUCGGGCCAGAGGUCAGGAUAACCUUCGUACCCGCUCCACGUGUGGACCAGCACCGGCACCGCCUGGGUUUGCCCCCGCUGGCCUCCACCAUAGACCACGACCCUUCCUCCCCCGCUCCGCCUUCAGAACCUCCCAGUCCAGUUGAACCCUCCUGCCUUUCAGUCCAGUCCAAAACCUCAGGUUUAGACCCGGCCUCGGUCAGAGGUCACAACAACAACACAACAUGUGAGGGGGAGGAAGAUGGAAUGAAGGUGGAGAUGGAGAUAGAGGGAAGUCCAGGAGCAGAAGGAGAUCUUUGUCCUCACACUUGGGGUCAACCUCGAAGAGUGCGGCUCAGACGGGCUGCAGGCCGCUCUCUUGGCCUCAGCAUCAUGGGAGGCAGGGGCAUGGGCCACCGGCUGAGUGCUGGUCACAUGAUGAGGGGGGUCUUCAUCAAGAACAUCACCUCCGCAGCACUUGACCACACCCUGCGGGUCGGGGACAGGAUACUGGAGGUGUGUGGUGAGGACGUGCGUGACGGCAGUCAUGAUGAGGUGGUGGAUGCCAUCCGCCGAGCAGGAGACUCUGUGGACCUUCUGGUUCAAUCCACACAGUACACAGCACAGUCGCCGGUACUGACUAAGUGUGAGAGACUAACUCCAACCUUGCAGUCGGACAGAAGCCAGGUGCAGACCUCCCAUGGAGAGGAUCAAGGCGGCCGCCAGACCUUCAAGGCUCUGAAGUGGACAACCAGAGAGGAGGAGGAGGAGGAGGACACCAGCAGAAAGAGGAUGCUGCAGCGCUAUGGCAGUCUGUCAGGGAGGCUGCACAUGAUGGAGCUGCAGAAGCAGCCUACACAAAAGGGCUUGGGGAUCAGCCUGGCAGACAACAAGGAGGGCAGCAGGGCCCGCAUGAGCGUCUGCGUGGCGGCUGUAGACCCCCAAGGUCCUGCCGGCUUGGACGGCCGGAUAAGAGUGGGGGAUGAACUCCUGGAGAUCAACGGUCAGGUGUUGUACGGCCGCAGUCGCCACAACGCCGCCGCCAUCAUUAACAAGGCUCCUUCCAGAGUCAGGAUCAUUGUCAUCAGAAACCAAACGUCACAGGCCGACCCAGAACUUUGCCAGGCCAAGACAGACUUUGGGGAUCAGGGAGGAUCCUGCCGAGACUUCCAGAAUGUCCACCUGCGACAGGAGAAGCAGGAUCUCGGAUUGUGUCUGGCAGAAGCUGGAUCCAAGGACGGACUGGUGGUCCAGUCUCCAAACAGCAAGGGCAGCACAAGAAUGUUGUCAGAGGGAGCCAAAGCGUGGGCUGAGGAGCAUGUGGAGAAGGUGCCCAGACCGCCUGACUGGAGUCUUCCAUUAGGUCUACUGGACUGCACUUCCUGUCCCACACAGACCACUUCCCGUCCCACACAAAACACGGGCUCCUUGCCAUCCACUCUGAGGGACUCAGGUAUCUCCUCCUGCUCCGCCCCCGCUGCCAAGGAGCCUUCUGAUUGGCCGGAGUCCGCCCCAGAGUCCCACCCACUAAGCUGGCCUGUGGGGGCUGGCAAGGAGAGCAGCAUACGGAUCCGGAAAGGAGACCUGGGACUCGGUGUGAGCCUCGUGGGAGGGUGUGACACGCUGCUUGGGGGAGUCAUAGUCCACGAGGUGAAUGAUGGAGGGGCCGCACAGAGAGAUGGACGACUGCAGGCUGGGGAUCACAUACUGGAGGUCAACGGUAUUGACCUGCGCCAGGCCACCCACGAUGAGGCCAUAGCGGUGCUGAGGCUGAUCCGGCAGCAGGUGGACCUGAGGGUGUUCAGACCCCUGCAGGUCUACAGGGAAGAAGAUCUUUGGGACGUCUUCAGUCUGCUGCUGAGGCCCAAUCCUGCCCAGGUUCUGGGCCUCACCACUGUGGGGAAAAGCGACGACACCGGCAUCUUCGUGUCCCGUAUCGCCCCAGGAAGCGUGGCCGAUUUGGAUGGCAGGCUGUUGCUGGGUGACCAGAUUCUGUCAAUCAACGGCGAGGACGUCCGUGCGGAGUGUCAGGAAGUAGUGGAGCGGCUUCUGCAGGACUGCAGUGGAGUGGUCCACCUGGAAGUGGCUCGCUUCAAGGCCGGACUGCAGUACCCAGAACCUAGUCAGGAAUACUUGAAGUUGUGUUUUAUACAGAGCGACCAUUCUGACCGCUCCACCCUGACACGCUCAGAUGGAUGCAAUUCUUCUGUGGGCCAGCAGGGGGAGACAGAGAACCCAGCAGGGGGCCACAGUGAGUACUACAGAAAAGUCCUCAUAAAAAAGAGUCCACAACACUCCCUGGGCAUCACUUUGGCAGGAGGAGUGGGCAGUCGCCAUGGCAAUGUACCUCUUUUUAUUGCUACCAUGGAUACCCAUGGAUCAGCCGCCAAAACACAGCAAUUAAAGCCAGGAGACCGCGUCCUCAGUAUAAACGAUGUGUCCAUUGAGGGAAUGUCUCACAUGCAGGCCGCUGCCUUGCUCAAGAACGCCCUGGGUUCUGUUUCUCUGCAGGUGGCAUCAGGGUGCAGCCCUCGCAAUCCCCGCGGCGUGUACGAGAGAUUACCAGGCCAGCCCAGCUGUCUGCAGUGCUUUCACAACAAGCAGUGGGGGGGAAUGUACAAGACAGUGAGUCUGGAGAGAAGUUCUUCAGGUCUGGGCUUCAGCAUCAUUGGAGGAUUUGGAAGUCCUCAUGGAGACCUGCCCAUCUACAUCAAGACGAUCUUCAGCAAGGGUGCGGCCAUGGAGGAUGGGCGAUUGAAGGCGGGUGAUGAGAUCUUGGCAGUGAAUGGACAAUGUCUGCAUGGUGUGACUCACACUGAAGCCGUGGACCUCCUCAAGAAGACUAAAGGCACCGUGGUCCUCACCCUUCUCUCCUGACAUCUCCUCAUGCAGUCAUUUUCACCUGACUUAUUACCACCUCAUUCAUUCAUGUUCCACAUAUUUAUUAGUAACUCAUUCAUUCAUGCUCCACCGACCUAUUAGUACCUCAUUCAUCUUCCACGAGAG